AUGAACAUCCAUCGUCUUCUCGAGCUCGCGGUCAAAAAGACUCGAGCUUUUGGUUUGGAAACUCAAGCACUGAUGAGUGAUCUUGCAAGAGUCUCGGGUAAUGACAAGCAGCUCAAGCAAUCUUUCGAGGCAUGUGUACAAGGUUAUGGUGUAUCGAUCAAAAAGCUUGAGGAAGCUAAAGAGUUUUUGAGCAAAAGCUCUUUUGAGUCAGCAUAUUAUGCUGUUGCUAAAGCACAUGAAUAUUCUUAUGUAUGCAAAGACCAGUUCGAGGGACCUUCUAAUGAGCCUGCUCUUGCUUUGAAUCGCAGUGAGAAGUUUAUCAGUGUGUGUCACAUUGUUUGGAAUUUGGCUGAAGUACUUCUCAAUUAA